AGCAACUCGUAGGUUGUGCAAUGAGAUCUGUGUGUUUCGUCUUGCUGCUCGUUUGGUUCGCGAGCCAAAGCGAAGCUAAUAAAAAGGUGUCCUGCAAGGAUGAACAGGGCAACGAUGUGGAUUGGUGGCACUUGUACAAGUUGCCCAAGCAUUAUCAGCACAAUGACUUGGGCAAGGACGUCACUGGACUCCGGUACUUGUAUGUGACCAGCCAGAGCUACGAAACGUGGCAGCUAUCCGGCAAGCGGAUCAAUGACCCCGGAUCCCUACCGGCCCAAACCCUUAAUCCCCUGAACGCCGAUCCAACGAAUAUCCUGUUGGCGGCCUAUAACGAUCAGCAGCCGAACGGCACUGUUUUCAGCAACGGAGGACAUGCCAAGGGAGUGGUGGCCAGCGAUGGGGAAACGGCAAUCUGGCUCGUCCACUCGGUGCCCAAGUAUCCCACUGUCCCCGACUACUCGUAUCCCACAUCUGGGGAGCAGUACGCCCAGAGUAUGCUCUGCGUCACCCUGAAGGCCGAGGAUCUGGAGAAGGUGGGUCAGGUGCUGGUCUACAACGAACCGCACUUUUACUACGAGCGAAAUCCCCUGGUCGGUCGGUCCGACGAACUGUUCCCGAGUCUGGAGAGAGCUCUGCAUGGUCAGUGGCGUACGGAGUCACCAUUCCAAAAGGAAGUCGAGCUGCGCAGCUUCGACGGCAAGAAGUUCCGGCUAUUCGGCAAGAGUGGACGAGCCAAUGUGGAGCUGUACGCCGAUGUGGGCCCGGCUCUGGAUGUUAGCCUCUUUGUGGAGGCGUGGCGCGAUGGUGCCGGCAAUCUGCCAAAUAGCUGCGAGAAAUCCGACAAGGUACUGAACGUUGAGUCCAUCUCGAACCUGGAGCUCUCGGUGGACUUCAUGACAACCCAGGACCACUCAAAGUGGGCCGUAUCCCGUCCGAGCGGCAUUCUAAUCUAUCACUGGCGUGUCGGCGGCGGGGAUUGGAUUUGUGUUGGCGACAUCAACCGGCAGCAGGGCCAGCUGCAGCGUGGAGGAGGAACCGUGUGCCACAAGAGCGCCAGAGUCUCCAACCUGUACCGCCAGCUGGUCGCCAACUACGACAAGUGUGCCGAGGAGUAAUGGAUUCCCAGAAAUAUUGUCAAACAGUGAACUGCAAAAUAAAUAAACCAGAAUUAAUUUCUUCCUAA